AUGAGAUAGAACGUAUCCCCGCCUUGUCAUUGUGACACAGUUUUUAUCCACCCACUUACAAUUUACUUAGCUCAGGUCAGUUGACAUGGACGACAAGAGGGCCUUGUGUGAACCACCGCCCCUUCCUGCUGAAGUAGCAGUAGGUGAAUCUCAGGAGUCUCUCCGAGAUGUUGUGGAAAGAAUUAGGUCAGAGGUUGAAACACAAGCCAAGACUAUUGAUUCCCUGUGCAAAACUUUAUUCAUGCACGAGGCAGAGAGAACCCAGAAUCUCAAUACUAUGGCAGUCCUUCAAUCCGAGGUGCACCAUUUGGCUGCACAUGUUGCCGCUCAGCACCUUGAGGAGCGUUUUGAGGGCCUACGCUGUGAGGUCUCCACUGAGCUCCACUACUUGCGCAGCCUCCUGUCCCACUCUCUCUGCUCCUGUCCUACUCUCCAAGCCUCCUGCUCCAGCACUCACCCCUCAGACAUCCAGAGGCAGGCUGCCAUCAACCACAUCUCUCAGGAACUCUACCACAGUCGAAGAGUCCUGUGGGAGCAGAUUGCUGAGCUAAGGGAGGAAAUCCACAACAUUCAUGGCCUGCUUAGCAAGUUUGAUUUGAUGUUUUUCAGAACAAGACCCUCUUCCAUAAUGUUGUUCUAAUGGAGGGUUUUUUAAAACCUUACUCAAGUUUUCCUUUCCUUUUUAGAAAAACUAAGAGAUGAAACUAUGCGUAGAUUGACAGAGAAAUACUGCAAAGAUAUGGUAUUUCAGAGCUCACAUUUCUCUCCCCCAAAUCACUUUGACCUAAAUGAUUUCACUUCAUCAAACAAAUUAUACAAACUUUACAAUUGAAACAAUCUUCUGAACUGUA